AGGAUCUUUGGGGCUGGGCUGGGAGGAAUAACCGGAUCGACGGAUAUAUCACUGGUACGACCGGCCGGGCGCAGGCUUGUUCCAAAAUAGAACACGACGUCGCGAACGGCAAGCUUAAAAACAAUUGCCUUGGCUACGUCGAAAGCAAUAACCUAGGCUUCACCAUCUCCGCUUGUCUGGUUAAAAAAAAAGCCCAUAGUUAUUUGUAGGGCUGUCUCUCAAAGUCACCUUGCCCAGUACGUUUUGUGGGUACUGUACUUAUUUUGUAACUUACUGGGCUGUUUCCGAGCACCACUAUCACACACGCGCACCGCAGAAUCAUUUGGCCGGCCGGGUUUUGUAGGCUGCCGGUGGGGUGGGUGGUUAUUGUAGUUGUACGUUCAUUGUUGCUUUGCCGGCAGUCGAGAAAGGAAGGGAAUGGCUGGAGGUGGGAGUUUGACUGCGGGCACGGGAGCCCUCCUGCCUCUGGGAGCUGAACUGUUCAGGACGCUGUCGGGUCUGCUUAUCGUCGCGGAAAUGGUCUUUGGCGGUCUCGUGUGGAUUCUGGUGGCCUCCACAAACCUAAAGGGCACCGAUCUGAGCCAGGGAUGGGUCAUGUUCGUCUCUGUUACAUUCUUUGUCUUCACCAUUGUCCAGUUUGUGCUCUACAUAAUCUCCGUCCCCAGCCAGACAUCAGGAUGGGUCACUCUGAAUGCCUGGUUCAACUUGGCAGCGUUCGUCCUGUACCUGAGCGCCGCUGUGCUACAGGCCAAUGUCACCGCAUGCACCCAACAGCAGUGCUGGCUGAUGUACUCUGGGCAGUCGCCGUCCACCGUUGCCACCACCAUGGCACCCAGCACAGUGCCCACGGUGAACCAGACUGUGACCCCUUCUCUGAACUCCUCGGUCACGGGCUCCUUGGUGCCCACAUCGAGUUUGACGCCUGUCGCCCCGUCUUCCCCCGGCAGCCCCACAGCAAGCCACACUCCGUCAACCGUCACAACGAGCGUGCCAAGCAGUGUCUCGACUUCUACAGUUGUGACCUCUAUGACAACAAACGCUGGUCACGUUCGCAAGCGCCGUGGAGUUCCUGAGCCAAGCUACUUGGUGUAUCCCAAUUACCAGCUGAUCCGACUGCUGAUAAGAUCGGUGCGGGAGCAGAACGCGAGCGCCAAUGGGUCCUCUACGAUGGCAAUGCCGACGACGAAUACGAGCUCCGUCGUGACCACCACCAGUCCCACCGACAACGACACGUACCGCAUAAACGUGGCGGCGACGGUCUUCAGUUACCUCGCAACCUUUUGCUACGCGAUAAACGCCUACGUUGGAAUGGGCAUGUGGAAGAACCACUAGCGGAUGAGAAUUUUCCCAAAAGUCGUGGUGAAGAAUGAAAAGCAAACCCCUUUUUUUUGUCAUUGUUUAAAACAUUCAUUUGAAUUCCACGAAUGUGCAUGUAAAAUACAAAUCAGCGUGGUUUCUUGGCAACAUGACAGGCGUUACUAGUUGUAACAAACAAGGGCCCAUCACAGUAACUUUUGCAAUGUGCAGCAUAGCAACGUUAGUGGAGUACACUUCUACCAUGUUACCUUGCCAUUUUAAGCAGUAAUGACAACUAAAAGAGGCAGCUAGGUAGCUUGACAACAGGAACAUUCUCGACUGAGGUAGAUCCUAUAGGUCCAACACAUGGACUUCUGCAGCACAGUCUGUGUUUUUAUUUUUACAAGACCAGUAAUAUUAAUAAUAUAUAGUUAUUUAUCUUGGAAAACCGGAACGCCCUAUUCUCCAGAUGACAAUCAACCCCCCCCCCCCCCCCCCCCCCCACCCUGUAUAUUAAAGGAAAAGUUGGGUGUGUGACGACAUUUGUGCUCUGAAUAAAAUGAUCAGUUUUGGAUACAUCUUUAUGAAGGGUCUAAUCUGCAGAAUAUGGUAAUUAUUAAGACAUUGGCAGGGAUUGUUUUACUUUUAAUGUUUGGACGUUACAAAGCAGGCUGAGAGCUGAUUUUAUGGUCCAAAUUGCAAUAUUCCCAGUAAUUUCAAACUAAAAUUGUUCCACGAUGUUUGGGCUGGAUAAUAUGUUAAAUAUAUCGGUAUACAUAACAUUGUAAAGUAAUGCACAGAGCAGAUACUAUUAAUUGAAAAAUAUUGUUUUAAAAGUAAAUGGAGUUGCGCAUGAGUCAAAUACAUUCGUAAUGUUGCUGCUUCCAGACGUCAAUCUGUCCUGGAACCCUUAAUCCCUUUUGUUUUGUAACCAAUUGUGUAGAAUACUUUGUCAUGUAUCUCUGCAGGGAUCUCUUACUUCCAAAACAAUUUGGCCGACCUUUUUGCCUAAACCUUAUCUUGCACGCAGGAUGAGUUGCAGCAUUACCCCACCCUUAUGAGUAAAAACAUGACAUUCCACAAAUACCUUUAUUUUUAAAAAAAGUUUGUACAAGGCCAAACAUGUGGUUUACCUGGUGCUUUGUGAAAUCAUUUUUCAAUUCGUCGGAGCGGUGGGUUUCAGUUCUGUCCCCCAAGAACCUUCAAAUUAUUAGGUGUCAUAUUAAAUUAAUCAAAUCAUCUGUUCAAUGCUAUACAAAUUUGGGUGUUAUACCGAACUUCUCCGGGUUACCUUUUUGUCUAUAUUUUAAAUAUUUCUGCUGCCGUGUGUACCGUUUUUCAUGAUUGUUUUCAAAUAAUAAAUGGUUUGAUACAGCUGCUCCCUUAACAUGUGCUAUUUUUGAGUAACAUGUCUGCUUUGUCACACUGACCACAAUGUAGUUUGGUCAUCGAUGUUACGGCAUUCCAUUACCGUGUUGUAAUGUGGCGUGUAUCUUCUGGAACUUUAAUUGACUAAAUGGAUACACGUACAAAAAUCUAAGCAAUAAAAAUAUGCUGCAUUCC